AUGGAUAUACACGAUGUAACAGUUAACAUAAAAAUGGAUACACAUAUGCACGAAAUUCCUGUUACACAAAUAAAAAUGGAUAAUCAUAUCCAUGAAGGGAAUGUAAAUCAUGUUAAAAUGGAUUCUCAUAUGCACGAUGUGAACCUUGCAAAUGUUAAAAUAGACACACAUAUUCACGAAGUCCCUGUUACACAUAUGCAACUUCAACAAGGGGGUAUCCAGCAACCAGAACAGAACAUUAUUCAGAGUAAAACAGAACGAGAUGAACUGAUAAUGCCGCGUAUUGAGAAAAAAAAGAAAGAAGCAAUAGAUGGACAAGCUCGUGAAAUAAUAUUUAAAGUUAUAAAGUUUUUUGAAAGUGAAAAGCAGAAUAGAGGCUAUGCAUUCCCAGUUGAGAACGUUGUGAAACGCGCUUGUGCUGCUACUGGCUUAUCAGAAAGUACCAUUAAACGUAUUAAGAGAGAGGGUCUACGAGCUGAAGCCACUCAUACAAAAAUAGCUGGUCCCAAGAAAAAAAGAGUUCGUAAAACUAAAGUACAACUUGAUUACUUCCAAUUGUGUGCUCUGAGAGGCAUUGUUAACAGUUAUUCUAUGCGUAAAGAAGUCCCGACAUUAGGUAAAAUAUUAACAGCGGCUAAACAUGAACUAAAUUAUAGAGGUGGUAAAGAAUCUUUAAGAUUAAUAUUAUUAAACAAAUUAGGUAUUAAGUUCAAGAAAUGUGAAAAGAAAAAUAAAAUUAAGCCAGAACAAAGUACUCAGAGUAUUCAACAAAUGCCGACGGUUAUGACACAUUUGCCAAUGCAACAAAUGAAACCAGAGAAUCAAUGUAUUUAUACCAAUAUGAUGCCCCAGGUACCACCAGUAUCGUAU